GACCGGAUUAUCAGAACGAGAAUUUGGAGGCGGUUCCACGAGGAUGUUAUUAGAUAAACAUUAACGGCAGAAAUAAUAAUAAUAAAAAAACGUUCUCACCACAACACCAAAUAUAAUACAAUUUGAGGCCAUUCGCAACAGUUGGACCAUGUCCACACCGGCGAGAAGAAGACUCAUGAGAGAUUUUAAACGGCUACAAGAGGACCCCCCAGCUGGUGUCAGUGGAGCCCCAUCAGAAAACAACAUCAUGGUGUGGAAUGCAGUCAUUUUUGGCCCUGAAGGAACUCCAUUUGAAGAUGGCACAUUUAAACUAAUUGUCGAGUUCACAGAAGAAUACCCUAACAAACCUCCUACAGUGCGAUUUGUGUCAAAGAUGUUUCAUCCUAAUGUCUAUGCAGAUGGUAGUAUUUGUUUGGACAUCCUCCAAAAUCGAUGGAGCCCCACUUAUGAUGUGUCUUCUAUUCUUACGUCCAUCCAGUCUUUGCUGGAUGAGCCCAACCCCAACAGUCCGGCCAACAGCCAGGCGGCUCAGCUGUACCAGGAGAACAAGCGCGAGUACGAGAAGAGAGUUUCCGCCAUCGUAGAACGAAGCUGGCGAGACAGUUGACCUGGUUGACGGUGUGCGCCGAACGCUAGCAUGGAGAACCCUCUUUAUCUCCUCUCACCUUUCGUUUUUUAUUGUUAACAUUUUAUGCACUUUACCUUCGACGUCCCUUCGUGGAAUUAAAUUUUUUCUCGCCUGCCAAGAGGGAAUUGGUUUCUCUAUCCACUAUUGUCGGCCACUUUCCCAGCAGCAUCUGUGCUGAACCUUGCCUUGUUUGUGGGCCACCGUCUUACUUAGAUCACGUUUAAGGUCCCGGGUGCUUCGCCAAUCACGUCAUUUUUCACCGAGAAGUUUGCCGUCGUGGGCUCCCAACAUUGUGACGCUAUCUCUGCCGUUGUGCUGUGAACCGUUUGUUGCAUGCAUAACACAAUGAGCAAACCUUACCUCGUCCCUCUUCAAUACUGAUGUACAUAAGAAACCUGCAUCUGAAUACAUGUACAGAUUUUGCACUG